CCCUCAUAUGAUUCCUAUUAUGGCGGAGGCGGGACAGCACCAGAAUGCUGCCUUCCCUUCAUUACAAGCACACGUUUGGGGUCAGAAUCACAGUCUAUGGUCAGAAUCUCUACUUAACUUUUAGCCAACUGAAGAUAAUUUGAGAAAAGUGGAUUUACAUCAGUCGGUUUGAAUCCAAAAUGCGUAGGCUAUGAAGCGGCCGGUCAAAUAGGUGGGUGUGUCCUGGUAGAUGUAAUUUUCAGAACUUUAUCUCCUUUUCGCGUUGACGAACUUUCCAAAAGGGUGUAAACGCAACAAACCAUCGGUUUCAUUAGGAGAGGAUGGGUUUCAAACAGAGACUAGUGCUAGUCUCAUCUCACGAAUGAGGAAUGACCUAGCCUACGGUGAAAAUAUUGCGCUGCUCUACAAGGAAAGUGGUCUACUCUCGAGUCAGCUUCUCACCUCCGUCUAUAACGAUGUUUGCUAAGGUAACACGUCACCUGGUCAGUGAGACAGACCCUGAUGGCUCUCUGCUGGCCGUCACUCGUCUCACAGACUCGGACAAGCUGCAGCCACUGGGUGUGGUCUUGAAAAGUCAGAAGAAAUGGCCAUGGCAAAGACCCAAAUACAGGCCCACCGACUUCACCCUCACACAAAUCACACAAGGGAGAAAAACUCUUCGGCCAGUGUUGGUAAAGUCAGACUUCUUGGACUAUGAGAGCACGUAUGCUGGAGACCAUGGAGGCUCUCUGAGUGCUGAAGCUGGAGGGGUCCGUGUUAAGGCAGAGGGACAGGGAUCUUCAAAGCUUCACUCAUCACUAGGCAAACUCCACAAAGAGAUGGUUAAUAUCAACAAACUAAUGAAUGACUCCAAGGACAGGUUGGUGGACUUGCAGCAUCCUCUUGUGCAGCAGUCAUUGUGUAAGAGGAAGGUGAUAACUGUCCUGAAAGAGCGCAUCUUCACCUCAAACUCCUGUUCUGUCAGGUACCAUGGACUUGGAGCUGGAAGCUGUGGAGCUUUGUUGGCUAUACUGAAGACGGUCCCCCUGAAGUGUGGCGGUUUGAUGGUGAGUGUGAAUGAGGAUUCCACUCUGCAGAUGGACAGUGAUGUUUCCAUGGAGAUUCCUUCGCAGACAGUCCUGGCCUAUAGUGUCAUUGAGCUCAGAAUCAAGAGGAGCGGCCAAUAUGAGCUUUGUUUACAGGCUGAUGUUGAGGGCGGGUUUGACUGGAAUGUUAGGAAGACCGAGGAUGGCAGUAGUCUGUGUGAGGUGGAUGGCCCCUUGGAGGAGACAGAAGAGUUUCUUAGCAUACAGAACACAUUUGCAGAGCUAGCAAAUCUAAAAGAAGACCUGGGCAUGCUGUCUGAUUUGGACGCCGUGACUCGCUCCUCCCUCUUCUCCCUUUUGGGUCCCUCUAUCCUGGACAAAGACUUCCUGAGUGUACUGGAGGAUUGGUUAGAUGCCAGGUGUUCAGGUGAGGUUGCUGACAUAUCACAGUGCCAGGACCAGAGGGUCCAGGCCAUCUUUUAUCUGCUAUGGCCUAUAGCCAAUCAGGAUACAGCUCAUCACAGACUGUCAAGUCGCAAUGGCAAACAUGCAACUCUACCAAACGAAGAGACUGGAUCCAGUUCUCCCUCGGCCAAUCAGUCCUCGGCAGCCACGGAGAAACAAGUUGACGGACUGCUCGUAGGCCACGCACUGCAUUUGCUGGUCAGCGCUUUACUGGAGCUGACAAUCGACUGCUUGGAUCUGAUAAAGUCUUGCUGCUCUGCCGGCUUGCUGCCAUCUGUCAGCCAACUAACGGAGGAUCUGAUGAAGUCUCAGCCCUUCCCUCUGGAUGCCGUGCCCCCACUCCUGCAGUGUGAGGAGGCCUUCCGUAGCGUGGAAUCCCUCUUUCUCUCGGCCCAUCUUCAGCUGGUCAGGCAGACGGACAAGCUGCUGGUGGAGUCCAAGGAAGCCACUGGGUUCCAGCCUCUAACCCUGUGCAUUGCUCUACAAGGCCUGGCUAGUCUGAUGUCUGAGUAGGAGAAGGAGAAGCACUCCUGUGUAUGUGCCUGGGAAAAUUACUUCAUAUAAGACCAUAGGGAAAUUGUAUCUCCCUUAUCCUCCUUUUUAAUGGAAUUAUUACAAGUAUGGUAUCAGAUCAUUUAUAAGUGAAAUAUAGCCAAAUGCAAUACAUUUAUACAGAGUUUAUAUGCAUGUACUGCUGCAUACAACAGGACUGUGGCUUUAAUAAUGUAUUUAAUGUUUACACCAUGCAAACAAUAUAGUCUACAGUUCAAGAAGGUUAUACAACAAUUUUUUUUAUUCUUUAAGUUGAUUUCAGAUUUUACAAGUCUGCCUGCAUGUUUUUAUAAUCAACAGCAUGGAUGUCUGAACAUUUUCCAUCGACUUGUUUGACUCUUGACAGAGUUUGUUGUCUUUUUAUACUCAAGUUCAUGUUUACAUCAUGUUUGAUAAGACAAUAAUAAUAUGAAGGAAGGAAAAUAUAUAUACAUAUAUAAAAUAUGAAAAGAGUUAAUAUAUUAAUAAAGAAGCAUAUGCAUUCAAUA